AUGACAUCUUCGGCUCUAUCCGCCAUCGCCCAUCGUUCGGCGCCUUUCAGCACGCAUCUAAUAGUCGAGCGGUCGGGCCGAAUCCCGAAGCGGGCAAGCGCCAAGUUUCAAUUCCAGAAUUCCCCUCAGUUUCCCCUGCUCCCCUCCAACCUCCCUCUGCUCCCCUCCAACCUCCCUCUGCUCCCCUCCAACCUCCCUCUGCUCCCCUCCAACCUCCCUCUGCUCCCCUCCAACCUCCCUCUGCUCCCCUCCAACCUCCCUCUGCUCCCCUCCAACCUCCCUCUGCUCCCCUCCAACCUCCCUCUGCUCCCCUCCAACCUCCCUCUGCUCCCCUCCAACCUCCCUCUGCUCCCCUCCAACCUCCCUCUGCUCCCCUCCAACCUCCCUCUGCUCCCCUCCAACCUCCCUCUGCUCCCCUCCAACCUCCCUCUGCUCCCCUCCAACCUCCCUCUGCUCCCCUCCAACCUCCCUCUGCUCCCCUCCAACCUCCCUCUGCUCCCCUCCAACCUCCCUCUGCUCCCCUCCAACCUCCCUCUGCUCCCCUCCAACCUCCCUCUGCUCCCCUCCAACCUCCCUCUGCUCCCCUCCAACCUCCCUCUGCUCCCCUCCAACCUCCCUCUGCUCCCCUCCAACCUCCCUCUGCUCCCCUCCAACCUCCCUCUGCUCCCCUCCAACCUCCCUCUGCUCCCCUCCAACCUCCCUCUGCUCCCCUCCAACCUCCCUCUGCUCCCCUCCAACCUCCCUCUGCUCCCCUCCAACCUCCCUCUGCUCCCCUCCAACCUCCCUCUGCUCCCCUCCAACCUCCCUCUGCUCCCCUCCAACCUCCCUCUGCUCCCCUCCAACCUCCCUCUGCUCCCCUCCAACCUCCCUCUGCUCGUCUCCAACCUCCCUCUGCUCGUCUCCAACCUCCCUCUGCUCGUCUCCAACCUCCCUCUGCUCGUCUCCAACCUCCCUCUGCUCGUCUCCAACCUCCCUCUGCUCGUCUCCAACCUCCCUCUGCUCCCCUCCAACCUCCCUCUGCUCGUCUCCAACCUCCCUCUGCUCCCCUCCAACCUCCCUCUGCUCGUCUCCAACCUCCCUCUGCUCGUCUCCAACCUCCCUCUGCUCGUCUCCAACCUCCCUCUGCUCGUCUCCAACCUCCCUCUGCUCGUCUCCAACCUCCCUCUGCUCGUCUCCAACCUCCCUCUGCUCGUCUCCAACCUCCCUCUGCUCGUCUCCAACCUCCCUCUGCUCGUCUCCAACCUCCCUCUGCUCGUCUCCGCUCAUAUUCCUUCUCUUCUCCGCGCAAUUUCACACCUGCUCCCCUCAAAUCUCUCUCCGUUCCCCUCAGAUUUCCCCCGUUGCCCAACAAUACCCGCUGCUCCCCCCCGGCCUUCCCCUUGCCCUUCUCGAACGUCCCCCUUUUUACUUUCAAGUCUCCCCUUUCCCCUCUCGAAUAAUUCCCUGCUCAAAUUGCGCCCUGUUUCAUUCGAUCCUUUCCCUACUCCUCUCAAAUCUCUCUCGAUGCCAUUGGCAUUCCACACUUUUGCUCCAGGCACAGGUGCCUCUUCAGGUGAUUCCUCAGGUGAAACGUCAGGUGGUUCAUCAGACGGCGACAACCGGAGUGCUGCUGCGGAGAGGCAGCAGGCGCUGAAGCUGAGGCUGCAGCAGAAGCACAGAGCAGCAGAGGGGACAGGUGGUGGGAAGAUUUACAAUGGUCAUAGGGGAAUGAGCAUGAAUGAUGCGUAUGGGAGCAGCAGAGGGGGUGACGGGGUUAGCAGUGAUGGUGGGAGGAGCGAUGGGAGCAAUGAACAUAAUAACGGGAGUGAUGCUGCCGAGAAGAGAUACGAUUUCGUGCAAUAUCCACUGAUUCGGCUUAUUCACCGCGCCCGGGACUGCUCGCCUGUCACGGAGAAGCUUCUGGGCGGCGUGAGUUUGGAUCUAGUGGCGGAUAUGGCCGGCAAACUCACUGCCGGCGGCUGCGUCACUGCAGUGGCAGCUCCACAGUUGGGGGCGCUGCAUGACGUCAUCCUCACCACUGAGGAACCUGCUGAGAAGCUUCCGGCUUCUACUGGAGCUGUGGGGGGAGCGGUGGGGGGGGCUGUCGGGAGGAUGGUGGGGGGGAAGGUGGGGGAAGGGGUUGGGGGACUGGGGGGAGCACUGGGGGGAGCGUUGGGGGGAGCGUUGGGGGGAUUAAUGGGGGGAAGGCGGGCUGUUCCUGCUGGUAAGUCGGUGCGCAGUCGAAGAGGAGGGGGGAGUGGGGGUGACAACAGCAGCAUUAUCAGCAGUAGAAGCGGUGGCAGUGACAGCAACAGCAACAGCAACAGCAGCAGCAGCAGCAGCAGCAGCAGCAGCAGCAGCAGAAGCAGCAGCAGCAGCAGCAGCAGCAGCAGCAGGCGGAGCAAGGAGCUGGACGGCAUUCUUUGUCCUACAUCUGGACCUCGAGUGCAUGUGCUGUGCAAUGCACGGGUGGUGCAGAUGCCCAGGGAGCGAGCGGAGCAGCUCGAGGCGUGCCCCUGCCUGCCAGGACUUGCCCUACCUGUCAUGGUAGGUCGUAUGGGUGCUUUAGUGUGUGUGUCGUUCAUGGCUCACGAUGUGAACCAACCCCUCUUCCCCGCUCCCUCCCUUCCUCCUCUUCCCCCCAUCCGCUUUCGCCCUCUCCGCUUUCCCUCCCUCUUCAUACCUCCCCCCUCUUCUUCCCUCCUAUCUCCCCUUCUCCCUCCCAUCUCCCCUUCUCCCUCCCAUCUCCCCUUCUCCCUCCCAUCUCCCCUUCUCCCUCCCAUCUCCCCUUCUCCCUCCCAUCUCCCCUUCUCCCUCCCAUCUCCCCUUCUCCCUCCCAUCUCCCCUUCUCCCUCCCAUCUCCCCUUCUCCCUCCCAUCUCCCCUUCUCCCUCCCAUCUCCCCUUCUCCCUCCCAUCUCCCCUUCUCCCUCCCAUCUCCCCUUCUCCCUCCCAUCUCCCCUUCUCCCUCCCAUCUCCCCUUCUCCCUCCCAUCUCCCCUUCUCCCUCCCAUCUCUCCUUCUCCUAUCCUGCAUCAGAGACCCCCUUGGGUGCGUGUCAUGGCACGCGACGAGAGCCAGCAACAGCAUGUUAUCCCACUCGACAGUCAUCCUGUUGUCACCCCUCUGAUCGCCUUAGACCCAUCUCCGCUCCCCUCUGUCUCUCCCAUCCAUUCUCUUGCUUCCCACUCCGCAACCCCCUCACUCCCCAUGCAGUUGAAAGGGGCAGCAGAAAUCUCUGUGCUUCGAGCAAUGGACCACUGCCACGACCGGCUGCUGCUGGAUAUGCACUCGCCCUCCUCACUCCCCUCACCUUCCUCAUCCCCCACAACCGCCCUCAACCGCCCUGCAGUUCAAAGAUGUGCUCCUCCCCGCAUGGACAGCGAUCGCUGCUUUGCAGCAUACCAUGAGGCGGGGCACGCGCUGGUGGGGGCGCUGAGUCCUCUGGCUCGGGUGGAAGGAGUGUAUCUGGAGGACGAGGGCCAAUCAGCAGCACCAGGAGGGGCCUAUCGGCCAAUCAAGUACGCAGGAGGGACCGACAUUGUGUGGCGGGGGGAGAUUGAGCCAAUGACGUUGCGACAAGUGGUGGUUCAUGCCAUGGCCGUGUGGCUGGCUGGCAUGGCAGCAGAGGAGCUCAUGUUUGGCCGAGUUGACCACUUCACUCGAUCCGACGGCUGGUAUUCAUUCUCAGAUGAUCUUGCAAAUGGUAGAGUUUAUUCCUUACCCUUUUCUCUGAGCAUCGUUUCUUGUCUUUCGUGUUCCUCUUUCCCUUCUUUCCUCUCCUUCUCCCAUCACAUCAGCUCCUCAUCCUCUGUUGGCUUCAACCGACGUGUGGGGAGGGAGCUGCACCAACCCUCACCCUCAUGCCUGUCCUACCUUUCCCUCCCUCCUUCCCCCGUGCCCACCCCAUCAGCUGCUGCGCUCGCCACGGCCUUUGCCCUCAUCUGCCGCGCUCCAGAGGUGUGGGGAGCUGCACCCACAGCACCACAGGCAGACGCACCACAAGAAGAGACACCACAAGAGGGAGGGGAAGCUGAAUGUCAGCAACAACAGUUGUUACUGCUGCAGAGUGCCAUACACACACCGCGCAUCACAGGCUGGCGCAUUCCCUCUUCCGCUGCCUUCUCUGACCUCUUUGGUGCCGGUCCGGAGGACCUUAGAGCCUGGCCUACAUGCCUGGGGAUGAGGGGUGGACUGGAGGGUCCGAGGGGAGGGAUGGAGGAAGACAAAGCAGAAGCAGGAGAAGCGGCAGGAGCAGGAGAAGCGGCCGGAGCAGGAGAAGCAGGAAGAGCAGGAGAAGCGGCAGGAGGAGGAGGCGCAGCAGUGAGAAGGGUAGGGAGAGGGCUGGAGAUGCGAGGCGUGGGGGCUCACGAGCAGAGGGUGCUGCAGGUGGUGCAGGAGGCGAUGGCUCUCGCAUCCACCUCUCUCCGGCAGCAUGAGAGUGCCCUGCACGCCAUUGCAUGGCGCCUUGUGGAUGCUGGGGAGGCGAGUGACAGUGAGAUUGCAGCUGCUGUCGCUGGUGCUGGUGGUGCUCAUGCCAGUGUGAAGACACACCACAGGGCUGUACAUCCAGCUGCUGCAGGGUGA